UCGAUAUUGCUCAGUCCCUCAAUCAGCUGUUUGUAGGAUUACAUAUUGUUGUUGACAUUGAAAUAAAUAAAUCUAUAUUCUUAUUUAAUUAAAAAUGACUGACCUGAAUGGAAAACAGUACGUGUGUGUCAGUUGUGGAAACCCUGUUCGAGAGCUCUACAAAAAAUACAGCAAUACCGUUAAACCUACUCACUGUAACAAAUGCAAUCAAAUAACGGACAAAUACAUUGAGGUGGAGGAAUUCAUAAUCCUAAUAGAUGCAUUACUUCUGGUUUCGUCAGCAUUCCGUCACAUGAUAUAUAAUGGGAAAUUUAAACUCUAUUGGAAGAUCUCACUUGUUGUUCUACUCUUGGAAUCCUUUGCUCUAUGUCGGCAAAAUCGAGAGGAUGGUGUAAAUACUGCUUUAUACGAAAAAGGAUUUUAUAUGUCGGCGCUACAAAAUUUAGGAGAAUACCUUAUGAUAACUGUUCUGCUGCUUUUUAUAACUGUCAUUCUUGGUGUUGGCCAGUUGAGCCAAGUCAGUCUAGCAUCGUUAACCUUAACCAUCCUAAAAGUAGUGGCCAUUUCAAAUUUUUCGAAGUUCUUCCUACUGCCCAUAUUAGUUUGGGGUAGUAAUACAACUGAUUUUGGACGAAACUUGCACUAUAUGCUAGUUACCGGCCAUCAUCUUUGCUCAUUAGUGAUGGCCUACAAUGUUGUCGGUAAUAUUGGCAAACAUCAUCGAUGUCUUUCAAUACUAUUAGUAAUUUGCGCAUUUAUUAUGAAAGAGUAUGUUAGGUAUUUGUCAGCAUUUCAAAUGGUGCUUUGAUAGAGUUAGAUAUUUGUAAAAUAAAAAUUAGGUCUGUGAUUUAUCAUA